AUGAACAGAGAAGAUGAGGACUCUGAAAUGAGUACUCCGUCUCCUGAAUCAAGCUGUGUGUCUAUGAGGAGUGAUCAGUCCAGGAGGGAAAAUGCCACAGAACUCUACAGCGCAGUCACAUCUGAUCCCAGAUCUGCGUCUCCAGAACCCAGCGGUGUGUCCGGAAAGAGUAAGAAAUCUUUACAUGAACACCUUGAAUUCAAUAAUGCAGCACUGAUGAUUGAUAAACAAGCGAGCCUGUUUGAGAAGACUACUCCCAGACUGCGAGAAGACCUGCAGAGAAUCAAAGACCAACACAAAACCAGCAUGAAGAACAAAUACGAGAGGUUAUUUGAAGGAAACAAAGUGCAAGGGAGUGGAACCCUCCUGAACAGCGUCUACACACUGCUGUACAUAAUAGAGGGAGAGAGUGAAGGAGUGAAUAGAGAACAUGAGGUUUUACAGAUGGAGAAAUCACCCAGAAAUCAAGACAAUUCAAUCUACUGCUAUGACAUCUUUAAAUCUUUAGAUAAACCAGAACAUGAGGAGAAAGAAACAAUCAAGACGGUUCUCACUAAAGGCAUCGCUGGGAUCGGGAAAACCGUCUGUGUGCAGAAAUUCAUUCUGGACUGGAGUGAAGGAAAUGCCAAUCAGGAUGUAGAUUUCAUGUUUGUGCUUGCAUUUCGAGAGCUGAACUUGAUUAAGGAUCAUCAGUGCAGUCUUCACAGACUCCUGCUGGACUUUCAUCCUGAACUUCAAGAUCUGGAGCCCAAGAUUUUGGAAGAGUGUAAGGUGGUGUUCAUCUUUGAUGGUCUGGAUGAAAGCAGAAUCUCAGGGAUGUUUUCAGAUGGUGAGAAGGUUUCUAAUGUGAAUGAACCUUCAUCAGCGGUUAGUGAAUCUUCAUCAGUGGCUGUGUUGAUAUCAAGCCUCAUGAAAGGAGAGCUGCUUCCUUCUGCUCUCAUCUGGAUCACCUCCAGACCAGCAGCAGCUCAUCAGAUGCCCUCCAAAUACAUCAACCGUCUGACAGAAAUUCAGGGAUUCACUGAGCCUCAGAAGGAGGAAUAUUUCAGGAAGAGAAUCAGCGAUGAACAUCAAGCCAGCAGAAUCAUCUCAAACAUCAGAAGAUCCAGAAGCCUCCACAUCAUGUGCCACAUACCCGUCUUCUGCUGGAUCUCCUCCACUGUUCUCCAGAAGCUCCUGGAAGAAGAUCUGAGUGCAGAAAUCCCUCAAACUCUGACUGAAAUGUACAUCCACUUCCUGCUGAUUCAGAUCAAGACGAGGAACCAGAAGUAUGAAGAGAGAGAUCCAGAGAAACUCCUGCAGUCCAACAGAGAAGUGAUUGUCAAACUUGCAGAAGUGGCUUUCAGACAGCUGAUGAAGGGCAAUGUGAUGUUCUACGAGGAGGACCUGAUUGAGAGCGGCAUAGACGUCACUGACGCCUCGGUGUAUUCUGGGAUCUGCACUGAGAUCUUCAAGGAGGAAUCUGUGAUUCACCAGAGGAAAGUCUACAGCUUCAUCCAUCUCAGCGUUCAGGAGUUUCUCUCCGGUUUUCAUUUGUUUUACCAUUACGUGGUUAAACAUGUUGACACGUCUCAGUUCUUGGAUGUAGUUCAUAGUCUGCAUAGGGAAGCAGUAGAUAAAGCCAUUGAGAGCGAGAAUGGUCAUCUGGAUCUGUUCCUGCGGUUCCUGCUUGGCAUCUCACUGGAGUCCAAUCAGAGACUCUUACAGGAUCUACUGACACACACAGAGAAGAGCUCAGAGAGCAUCAGGAGAAGCACACAGUACAUUAAAGAGAAGAUCAGAGAUGGACAUGGACUCUCCACUGAAAGAUCCAUCAAUCUGUUCCUCUGUCUGCUGGAAGUGAAAGAUCAGACUCUGUCCAGAGAGAUUCAGGAGUUUGUGAAAUCAGACAAACACUCGGAGGAGAAACUCUCUCCUGCUCACUGCUCAACCAUCGCCUACAUGCUUCAGAUGUCAGAGGAGGUGCUGGAUGAGCUGAACCCCAACAAAUACAACACAUCAGACGAGGGCAGGAGGAGACUGAUACCGGCCGUCAGCAACUGCACUACAGCACUUCUCGCAGGAUGUAACCUCACUGCUCAGCAUUGUGAAAUUGUGUCAUCAGCUCUUCAGUCCUCCAACUCCCCCCUGAGAGAGCUGGAUCUGAGUAACAAUGACCUGCAGGAUUCAGGAGUGAAGCUGCUCUCGGAUGGACUGAAGAGUCCACACUGUCAUCUGGAGAUAUUGAGGUUGUCUGGCUGUAUGGUGACAGAGAAAGGCUGUGGUUUCGUGUCUUCAGCACUGAGUUUAAACCCGUCACACCUGAGAGAGCUGGAUCUGAGCUACAAUUACCCAGGACAGUCAGGAGUCCGGCUGCUUCACCAUAAACUGAACAACCCAAACUAUAAACUGCACAAACUCAACUUGGAUCAUGGAGGCCAUUUGAGACUCACACCAGGACUGAGAAAAUAUGCCUGCGAUCUCACACUGGAUCCAAACACGGCCCACGCUCAACUCCUGCUGUCCGACGGAAACAAAACAGUGACGCCGAUGAAAGAGGAACAGUUUUAUGAAGAGCAUCCAGAGAGGUUUGAGCACCACGAGCAAGUUCUGAGUCGAGAAAGUGUUACAGGACGCUCGUAUUGGGAGACCGAAUGCAACGGCUGGAGUCACGUAGCAGUGACGUAUAAAGAAAUCGACAGCAAUAACUGCUGGUUUGGGUACAACGAUAAAUCCUGGAGUCUCUUCUGCUCUGCUAAUGUGUUCACAGCCUGGCAUAAUAACGUUAGCCAUAAUAUACCAGCUCCUUUACCACUGUCUAAUAGAGUAGGCAUGUAUCUGGAUGUGUCGGCCGGAUCGAUGUCUUUCUACAGUGUUUCUGACACACACACGCUCACACACUUACACACAUUCAACACCACAUUCACAGAACCACUCUAUGCUGGAUUUAGGGUUUAUGGUUCAUCGCUGACUUUGUGUUAGAUUCUGCAAAAUGUUGUGGGAAACGGCUGAAAUUAUUAUAAUGCAGAAUUAUUUAUGCACAUGAGUUACUUACAAAUCAGACUGUUCCUGUAUUCACAAAACAUUUUAUCUUCGCACUAAUAGAGACCUUAAAAAGAGGCCGGGGUCGACCUCAUUGCUAUGGACAAUGUCAGCAUGCUUUUUAAUAAUAUACACUAGCUUACAACUAGCCUAGAGCACCAUCUGCUGUUAGAAACUAGCCUAGAGCAUUGUCUACAUUUAAAAACUAGCCUAGAGCGCCAUCUGCUGUUAAAAACUAGCCUAGAGCGCCAUCUGCUGUUAAACAGUAGCCUAGAGCUCUGUCUACAGUUAAACACUAGCCUAGAGCGCCAUCUGCUGCUAGAAACAAGCCUAGAGCACCAUCUGCUGUUUAAAACUAGCCUAGAGCGCCAUCUGCUGUUAAAAAAUAGCCUAGAGUGCCAUCUGCUGCUAGAAACGAGCCUAGAGCGCCAUCUGCUGUUAAAAACUACCCUGGAGUGCUGUCUGCAGUUAAAAAACAGCCUAUAGUGCUGAUAAAAACUAGCCUAGAGUGACAUCUGCUGUUAGAACCUAGCGUGGAGCACCUUCUGCUGUUAAAAAAAGUAGCCUAGAGCGCCAUCUGCUGUUAAACAGUAGCCUAGAGCUCUGUCUACAGUUAAACACUAGCCAAGAGCAACAUCUGCUGUUAGAAACUAGCAUAGAGCACCUUCUGCUGUUAGAAAAUAGCCUAGAUCUCUGACAAA